AUGUUUGAUGCAGGGGGGCUAUUAGUGAUUAACUCAAUAAAUUAGCAGAAGCCUUAAAUGUAAAAUGCGUCCUAGAGAAAUAAUGCUAAUUACGGAGAUGAUAAUGCUAAAGUUGAAUAGCUGUAGAAUAUGAUUAAGCAAAUGCAGAAGUAAUUGGAUGAGAAGCAGACUAGAAUUGACGAUCUAUUAAGGAAAAAUAAUCAACUUUCUAAAGACAAGAAUAAUCUAAGUUAGAAACUUCAAGAUUAGUAGUAGUAAUGCAAGUGUCAAAAACAAUAAUCUAAAUAGGAGCCUGUGCCUUAAUAACCUAAAGAAACUCCUAAACAAUAAGCCCCUAAAAUUGAGGAGAAAAAAGAGGAAAGCGACGAUGAUGAGGACACAGGGGCUGUAGUCCAGAGAAAAAGAGUGAUGAUUUAAAGAGGAUUCACUGCAGCAGAUAUUAGCAAGAUUAAGUUCAAAGAUUACAUUGAGAGUGCAGAUGGCUAGUAGACUUUAUGCCUGAUUUGUAACAGUAAGUUCACGGAGAACUAGAAAUACCUGGAUCUGCAAUGCACUCAUAAGUUCCAUAAAAAGUGCAUUGAAGCCUGGUUUAUGAGAGAGAGGAAAUGCCCCAGUUGUCCUAGAGUUUAUGAUUUGCUUGAGCUGAUAUGA